UAUGAACAACAUAUAUUGUACAUACACCGACAUUAUAUUUAUCGUACAAUCCGCUUCAUCAUCACGCACGUAUAUAUAUAUAUAUACGUACCUGUAAUUAAACCAAAUAUGUGACAAAAAACCUCCAGUUAGACGAUGUUUUAACGGAGACAUCACAAGGACUCUGUUUGAUGAAAUCACCGUUAAAAAUCAAUGAGGAUUUUACAGAUAGAAUUUUGCAUUACAAUCAGGUCUUUCAGCUUGUGCAUCUGUUAAAACCGUACUUGAUCAAGUGCACGGGGACUGAUGCUAGAGCAUAUUAUAUCGCUUAAACAGUGUCCUACUUGGAUGAACUUAGUCCUUAGUCAACAAAGUUCGUCCUUAGUCAACAAAACACUUCAAAAUCCCCUACUUCUAUAAGUAUCAGUAUGGCGACAGACUGCUGCUUUGCGAUUUUGUGUCGGAUGGUUGACUCAUUUAUUGACCGAACUUGGCGUUUCUGCUGUAGUCUUGUCUGUUGUAAUUGUGAGUGUCCAUGCUGUUCAACCAAUCAGUGCCAAGAGAUGACAUGUCGAUUUCAUUUCUGUGAACCAGAGCUGGAUGAAGAUUAUGAGCCUGGUAAUAUACAGGAGGUCAAGGUCACUACGACCCCUGUAACCUACACCUGUGAGGACCUUGAUGCGGUGUGUUUGGUAUGCUGUAGGUAUCUGUCCUGUGUCCCCUGUUGUGCCUUCAUGUGCAAGAAAUGUUCAAACAGUCGUAUCUGUCCAAAAUGUCUCCAUAGCAACUGUUGCCUGGCAAAAGAUCGGAACAUUUUGAAGGAGAUGGAAGUGUUAGAGAAUUCUAUACCUGGAGCAUAUAAAAAAAGCUCCACGCCGCAGAAAAAGGGCAAGGAUUCUCAUCUGUAUCCCAAAGAAUCAACUGGGAAGACCCAUCUGGUGUCAACAGAUAAUAAUUCUGUUUAUGGUAAUGAUUCCAAAACAAGCAGUCUGAGAUCAAAGGCGGAAAGUGAAGAAGAGGAGAUGAAUCGUGAGGAUGGCCACUACCGAUCUUCCGAUAAGGGCAAAAAUGAAACUACUAUCACAGCAAUAAUAGAACAUCCCCCUUCCGUGGCUUUGUGUGGUACGACAGACUCGGUCACUAUAGCUCACAACGAGGUACCAACAAGCAGCGGAACCGCCACCAAAUCCAUCCAAUACAAAACAAGGAAAUUAGCUAGAAAAAUGGACAGCAUCGAAUUUGACCAAUUGCUCGACUCCGAUUCUGAAAACGAUCAUGAUCAAAGUUGUUACCAUGGUAACAAAGCUACACCAAAUGUCAAGGUCAACUACAGGGAUGUUUGUACCAACGGUGUGCAGAUCAUUGUUACAGACUAUGACUAUGGGAAGAAGAGAACCGACAGUAUAUCUUCUGAAUCAAGUGUUGAUAGUCGGCAGAUGGAACGAAAUCAGGAAAUUGUUGAACAGGAAAAGGACAGCUCUUCAGAAAGUGCCGAUACACCAAUAGAAGACCAGUGCAGUGAAGAUAUGCAGAGACCUGUUGUCAUGGAAACUAGAAAUAUAUUAAUUACAAAUCAUCGACAGACUUCUGUGUAAUUAAGACAAUAUUUCAUAGGUACAUGCAUGUUUUGCACUUUGAUCCUUGUUAGCACGACAGCUUCAGAUCAUGUAUUGCAAACUACUUUGUGACAUAUCUACUGCUAGCUCAACCAGGUGCUUAUUUUUAAGGAUCCCUGUUCCAUCGCAGGCAAAAUACUAUAGAAUCCACUUAAUUUUGUGUACACACAGUUAACUUCCGUUUAAUUUUGUUUCGGAUUAAACUGCAGCAAAGCUGGGUCAGGAUACUUUGAUUGACCCGGUAGCUCAGUUGCUUUGAGCGACAGUGUCAUUAAUAUAUGAUCUGAGGUCCAGGGUUUGUAUCCCGAAUGGUUUUUGGCAGUGAUAUACAACGCAAGGAUCCUUGAUAUCAAAUCUUCCGGUUGAUUAGGUGAAAGUGGGUCAGUGUGCAUGUGAUACGACUAUAAGUGCAAACAGAUAAAUUGAUAAUACACUAGAAAUGUCGAUGCAUUAAUCCAUUUUUUAUCAAAUGAAUAUCUAUCACUCUCAAAUACAAAUUAGGAAUUUCCUUUUUGAUUUAACUACCAGGUAUGAUGAUUAACUUUUAUACUGUCAUGAUUGAGAAAACAAAUUGUCAUUCUCAGCUAAUUUACAGCUGUAUGAAUGACAUUGUCUGAUGAUUUUAGUUCUCUUCACAUAAAAUCAAUUGUAAUGUGUUCGUAUUGUUGAUAAAAUGUAUAAAACAUAAAGAAAUCACUGAUUUUCUACUGUACAAUAAUGGUUUUGAUCUGACACAUUUCAUAACUGAAGACAACUGAUUUUUCUUAUCAUACUACAGCACCUGUUGUACAUCAAAGCAUAUUCUUGACUACUUGAAUAUGUCAUAGCAAAACUGAAGACUCAGUUUUCACCACCAUUUACUGAGUGAGCGACAUAUUUUUAUUACUUUUUGCACAUAUUUGCAAACCAAAUUUGAUUAGUCCAGGUGAUCAACUAGCCUAUACUAAGAUAUGCCCCAAACAAACCGUUUCGAAUGGUUGGGGUCAAAGGUCAAACCAUAUGUCACAGUGACCUACUUGUUUUACUUGAAUCCAUCCUAAAAAGUACUUGCAGACCAAAUCUUGUUACUCUAGGUGAAAUAGUAUAGACGAUAUGUCUGGACCAAUGUUUCACAAAAUGGUGCAAACCCCCAUAAAACUGGCCAGAUCAAAUUUUUAAUUGCAGGUUUACAGCUUCAGAGUGUGUGGGUUACAUCGGUGAAAUUUAGCUGAAAACUGUAGGAGUUGUAUUCAGUGUACUGGAAUGUAUUACAUACGUUUGACAUAAUAUUCAAUAUUCUGGACAGCAGUUACAUGUACAUGUAUCUGAAAAGGAGCAUAACUCGGAGAAAUUUGGUCCAAAUUUGACAACAUGCAAAAGAGAACAUACUUAAUGGGAAAGUAUCAUGCCAAGUUUGAGAGACGUUCCUUCAGUGCUUGAUAAGAUAUAAGAUACACUUAACCCAAUAUUCUGACAUUGAUUUAGCUUUUGUCAGCCCAUUUUCUUUUUUCAGGAUUGGUAAAAGUCUUCAUUUCUAUUUCUAUUCAAAAUGUAUGUAUGGUUAUGGAAGAAUACAAUUAAAGGCAUUUGCUGUUG